AGCUGGCGCGGCUCGGCCCGGGGGUCUCAGGUACCUUUGCAGGCGGUGAGAGGACAGCUUGGCAUGGAAGGCCGAGCCCGGUCCCCCAGAGUUUGCGGACCACGCUGAAGGAUCCGGGUGCGCCCUGCCUCUAGCUGCACCCUAGCGGCAUACUCACGCCCUUCCCCGGCGGGCAGCAGGGCGCAGGCGGUUAGACAGCCUCGGUGGAGCCCGGUCCAAGGCUCCCUUUCUGAGGAUUCCCCUUCUCCCAGUGCUGGAAAACCAAAAGAAAAUGGCAUAACCAAUGUGUUCCCAACUCUUGGGACUCGGGACUUGCUGAUCAAGAAUAUGGCUGAGGCUCUCUCUCACCCAGUGGGGAAAGCUGAACCCUGCUCAGGGAGAUGUGUCUAAGAAGUGCAGGAAUCUGGUGUUGCUGGGGCUUCCGAAUUUCCAAACCUGAUGUGAUCUCUCAGUUGGAGCAUAGGGAAGAACUAGAGAGGGAUGCCUCAAAAGCGGCCAGUCCAGAGUGGGAAACAGUGCCAGAAAGCAAGAAGCUAACUCAAGAGAAGCAUUUUUCUGAAGAGGAAUCAUCCCCUGGAGUGUUACUGGAGAGUUCUCCAGAGGAAGGGUCCAGGGACUGUGAAGACUCUUUAGAAAGCCAGUGGGAAAACCAUGAAAAACACCCAAUAUGAGAGCUGGUCCCUCAGAAGAGACUUUCUGUGAAGAGAAGCCUCCAAUGUGAUGAAAUUAUGAGAAAUUUUAGUCAGUGGUCAUUACUUGUUCAACACCAAGGAGAGAGACUUCAUAAUUGUGGUUCGCUUAAGAACUUUAAAAAUUCAGCUAUGAUUAAACAGGGGAAAACUUGGGCAGGAAAGAAACCUUGGAAAUGUAACGAGUGUGAGAAAGCCUUCAGUUACUACUCAGCCUUCGUCUUGCAUCAGAGAAUUCACACAGGAGAAAAGCCCUAUGAAUGCCAUGAAUGUGGUAAAGCAUUUAGCCAGAGCAUACACCUUACUCUACACCAGAGAAGUCAUACUGGAGAGAAGCCCUAUGAGUGUCAUGAAUGUGGGAAGGCCUUCAGUCACCGCUCAGCCCUUAUUCGGCAUCACAUAAUUCACACUGGAGAGAAACCCUAUGAAUGCAAUGAAUGUGGGAAGGCCUUUAACCAGAGCUCAUACCUCACUCAACACCAGCGAAUUCACACUGGAGAGAAACCUUAUGAAUGUAAUGAAUGUGGGAAGGCCUUCAGUCAAAGCACGUUCCUAACCCAGCAUCAGGUCAUUCACACUGGAGAGAAACCUUACAAGUGUAACGAAUGUGGCAGAGCUUUCAGUGAUCGUUCAGGCCUUAUUCAGCACCAGAGAACUCAUACUGGAGAGAGGCCUUAUGAGUGUGGUGAAUGUGGGAAGGCCUUCGGCUACUGUUCAGCCUUGACUCAGCAUCAAAGAACUCACACUGGGGAGAAGCCCUACAAGUGCAGCGACUGCACCAAAGCCUUCAGUGACCGCUCAGCCCUUAUUCGUCAUCAGAGAACACACACUGGAGAGAAGCCUUACAAAUGCAAGGACUGUGGAAAAGCUUUCAGCCAGAGCUCAUCUCUUAUGAAACACCAGAAAACUCACACUGGAGAAAAACCCUAUAUGUGCAAAGAAUGUGGAAAAGCUUUUAGCCAGAGCUCAUCUCUUUCUCAACAUCAGAAAACUCAUGCUGGAGGGGAAAGCAAGGCAUAUGGACAAGCCUUCAGUGAGCAUUCAGUCUUUGGCCAACAAAAGAGAAUCCAUACUGGAUAAGUGUAUGACAUUCAAAGUGAAUUUUUUGUUGAGCAUUUACCAUAUGUUAUGAGGGCUACAAAGAAAUUUAAGAUGAUUAUCUUAUAAGUUAUUGAGGCACCUGCUGAUGUGGGACAUAACUCAUUUAGGCUAUGAAAGGUUUUAAAUUUUUUAAAAGUUAUUCUUUUUUAAUAAUUUAUUUGUAGUUUAUGUACAUUGGUGUUUUGCCCACAUGUAGGUCUGUGUGAGGGCAUCGGAUCCCCUGGAACAGGAGUUACAGACAGUGGUAAGCUGCCAUGUAAGUUGGGGGUUAGACCUGGGUCCUUUGGAAAAGCAGCUGGUGCUCUUAACUGCUGAGUCAUCCCUCCAGCCCCAAGGUUUACAUUUUUAAAAUAAUUCCUGGAUGGAAGACAUCAAAAGGAAAUUCUCUUCUAAUGUCCUAAUGCAUGUGUGCGUUGCCACAUGCUUGAGAGUAGGAUACAGCAUUGUGGAAAGAAGACAUCUUACUCGUGCUAGAUAGUCUCUGAACACUGAGGAAAUAAGUUCUAAGGAAACACGUGGGCAUUUUAGCAACAGAAAUAAAAGACUGAGAAGUCACAAUGAGCGUGCCUAGGAUCCGGAAUGGUAGAACCGUUGUCCUUCAGCCUAAAGCACACGAACACGGAAGAAGUAGAUGGAAAGGUCAGGGGAAAGAGUUAAGGGGUGAUGGGUGCAGUAACUUAGUGUUGACAGUCAGAAAAAUAUAGUAGACUUGACGGCUGCUCUGUUCAAAGCUCACGUGAGGGCAGCUUCCCCCUAAAGCUGAGGAAUAUUGGCAUGGAGGCCUGCUUCUGUGCUUUUUGUCUUUCUGUCUAGCUUUUAAGAUGUAUACUUGGAAUCAUUCAAUCCCAUGGCUGAAAACUUACAGCUUAGUUAGUUUACAAAAGAGACCUUUGAUAUGUUCAGUGUGUUUUAAACUAUCUGAGUUACCUGAGAAUAUUUAUUUAUAAAGAUUUACCUCAAUUAUAAGUAGCUUGUACCUUGCAUUUUUUUUAAUGCCAUAGAAAAUGUAAUUGUAGAUUUGCACUGACAUUGCAUUGACUGUGAGAGCCUUGAGAAGACUGAUAUGCUUGCCUUUCUCCAUUAUACUCUUGGACUAGUGGCAGGUGACUUUGAACAUGCACAUUUUUAAUUGAAAAGGUGAAGGUUAGUAUUGGAAACAUCACUUGAAAGUGGCUAUUUUACUUUCGGGUUUCCUUGUGCUAUGUCUCAGUGUGGAUUACUGUUUUGUAGUUGUUGGGCUGCUUCAAUCCAUAGGUUUAGAAACUUUACCAAACAUGGAGAUUUUUCAGCCUGGUGCAAUUUCUUCAGAAUAACAUUUUUUAGCCCACUACCCUACCUGGUCUCCAUUUCUGGAUUUGGAUGGCAGAGCCGUUAGCUCUGGUUGUAGUCUCACAAGUUUCUGAGACUGUUCAUUUUUUUAAAUUCAUUUUUUCUAUUAGUCUCCUUGAUCUGCUGAAACAAAAUCUCAUAGAUUAGGUAGUCCAAGGACGGUGUCUCCCAGAGUUCUGGAGUGUGAAGAGUCUAAGAUUAGGAUGCCAUCUGACUCCAUUUCCUGCCAGACUUCUGACUCACAGGCAGUUGUCUUUCCUUUUUGGUUUUAUAAGGAUCUUAUGUUGCAUGUAGUCCAGGCUGGCUUCAGAUUCUCUGUGUAGCUAAAGAUGGUCCCCAUCCUCCUGCAUCCCCUCCCCACAUGCUGGUAUUAUAGGCCUGCACCAUCUUGUCUUCUUGAUGAAUUCUGACUUUCUCUCUCUCGGUUUGUUUUUGUUUUUUGAGACAGGGUUUCUCUGUGUAACUCUGAC